UAUCGUCUCUAUCGACGGAGCAAAAAAUCCUGAGACUUCUGAGAGAUCGUGGAUCGUGACUGCGGUUUAGGAUUUCCGUAAUUACUUCUAACCGGUAGAAGUAUUUUAUCUCGCCGUGGGGAACGAUUAACGUUCGCUCGGGCUGCACUGCGCCUCCAUUACGCUCCGAUUCAGAUAAAAGAGAAUAAAUUACACUCACACAAAAAAUUUGUACGUCGCGUAUCAGAUGCAUCCUUUGUAACUUUUCAACAUAACCUUCAAACGUGAGAUUAUCUUUGGAUUAGACAAUACAUAACACGACUCUAUCACGGCUUUUACGUUAUCGUUGAUAGAACGCGCGGAAGGAUGCCGGCUCCAAAUUCCAUCAGCGUAGCCGUAAUAUGCUCCAGUAACAUGAACAGGAGUAUGGAGGCGCACGCGUUUCUAAGCAAAAAGGGAUUUAAUGUGAAAUCAUUUGGGACAGGAGACAAGGUCAAACUACCAGGUACUGCACCAGAUCGCCCCAACAUCUACGACUUUGGAACUUCGUAUGAUGAGAUUUACAAUGAUCUAUUGAUGAAAGACAAGCAAUAUUAUACGCAAAAUGGUCUACUACAUAUGUUAGAUCGGAACCGUCGGAUAAAGCCUAGGCCGGAACGGUUUCAAUUGUCCAAGGAUAAGUUCGAUAUUCUAAUUACGUGUGAAGAACGAGUGUAUGAUCAAGUAAUCGAAUGUAUGGAAUCUAGAACUAAAGAAGAUAAUCAGCCUGUGCAUCUGAUCAAUAUCGACAUUCAGGAUAAUCACGAAGAGGCUACAGUAGGAUCGUUUCUUAUAUGCGAACUAGUGACAGUGUUGGCGAAUAGCGAAGACUUAGACAAUGAUAUAGAUGAACUACUCCACGAAUUUGAGUCCAAGUUUGCAAGAACAAUAUUACACACUGUAUUAUUUUACUGAAAAUCCGUCGCCGACACGUAAAUUAUCAGGAAUUUGGUGUUCGUCGAAUUUAAAAUUUAUUUAUAAGGAAGUUAAAUUAUGUAUUAUUUACUGCGCGUAUAUAUAUGUAUAUUUAUCCACCGAAUUGAGUGGACUAAAUUGUGUGACUCGAACGGAGAAAUCCGCUUGUGCUUCCUACUUAACGGUUAUUCCCAUGGAAUCUAACUGAUAUGGUCCGCUGUUAAAGUUGAUAUUGUAGUUGAUUACAAGAUUCACAUCAUGUCAUGAUUAAACACGGUCUGUAGAACAUGAAUUUUUAAACGUAAAACGAAAAGAUAUUGAGAACUGGAUAUCUCAAUAGAUAUUGGAAUGAAAGGAGAUUGAGAAUAAAGAGUAAAUGCAGAGAAUAAAAUAUAAAACACUAAUAUUUUAGCAUAUAUAUACACGUAUCAUGCACAAUUACAUCUGAAUAUAAAUCUGCAACAUACGAAUAUAUGUAUAUUUGAAUGUUGCAGAGUUGUUAUACAUAUAUAUAUAUAUAUCUACAUAUACAAUGAUACAGCUAUAUCGCAUAGCUGUUAUAGAUUAAAAAAA